ACGGCAGGACCAAAGGGGAAAAAAACCCCCGAAAAAUGUUGAAGAGGCGCGCACGUUGCGACCUUCACGAAGCUGUCACGAACAUUGACCAACAUGCAUCAUUCUCGACUCAUGAUGGAACGCUAGGUGCAGCAAAAAAAAAUGAACUGCAUCAACAGCGCUUUGGGGUUUCGUGUAAAUCUCAAUAGUCUGCACCCUCCUCGUGGACUUGCUGGUUGGGGCUGCAACUGUGUCCAUCCGUGUGUGUCUACAACCUUGAGGCUUUGUGCUCCAACCCUGGGGUCUGAUUUUAUGGCAGUAUAUGACUGUCAUUAUGUGGAUUUUGUGACCCACAAUUUCAUAGUCUCCCACAGUCCCACCAGUUCAUACUCUCUUUUCCUGUGACGGUAUACUGGCCAGAGAGGGAUGCAACAACAGCCGCAUGUUCAAAGCUGUUUGAUUCCUUAGGCUAUGCCUGACAAGCCGCGUAGGUCGUGUGUUCGAUUCUUGGUUUGGACAUGCAUCCUUGGGUCAUGAUGCCGGAGGUUAUCACGGACUCUCUGAAAAAAGAGAACAAAGCAGGCCAAAGUUGACGUAACAGGCCUCUGACACUGGGCAGCUGCCUCUGGCCCCCUAGCUUUCAUCAUGCCCAUCUGUUUCCCUUCCCAUGGCAUACGAUUUUGUGGUGAAGCAUGCGUCAGAUAAUGUAUAUCGGUGCAUGACACUGCAAACCCAAAGUCUUGGUAUGGUGCCAUGCUGGCAAACUUCACCGUUGCAGAUGGUGCCAUGUAUGAGUAGAAAGUGCAGGUAGCAUUUAACAUUCUCUGGAAUCUACGGAUUCCAAUCAUGGAAGGCAAAGGCAACAUGGAGGGGGAAUCAAGCGAAAAUAAGCUGGGGAAACUGGAAGAAUCGGCUGCCAUUCAGUGCCUUCUGAAUAUCAGGGAGACUGCCAGUAUGACAGAGCUGCAGAGCUCAUCAUCGGACACCAAAACAGGCAAAGAAGACGAGGCUCCUUCCCCGAAGAGUGAUAGCUUCACCAGUCCUUAUGCUGGUGAAAUAUUCGGAGGCAGUGUUGGGAUAAAGCAUCACCUGGUGAAAGCUUUGAAAGGCGAGAGGAAGAAAAAAGGCGUGCCAAGCACAUCGAGUGGGAGAAGUUCGCCUCGCUCUGAAGGGAAGCGAAGCAGUUUUUUCAAAAAGCAAACAGAUGCACCUGAUAGUCCAAAUUCACAGAAAUACAGUGUCAAAGAGGGCAUGCGCCGUUCACGUGCACUGGCAAUGAAGCGGUUUGCGAAACCAACCUCUCCAGUAUCGACCGUGCGCUUCGAGACAGGCAUGGAGUUGUGCGGGCUGGCGAAAGAGAAAGUGGACGCCCUUCGCAAGGAACAUGGUUUCAAUGAGGUGGUCGCACAGUUGACACCGGAAUGGAAGAAGUUUGUGCAGAGGUACCUCGGAGUAAUCCCGAUGCUUAUGGUGGGUGACUGACCUUUUGCCAGACCCUCAUGUGUAUGGUGUCCCCCCGGCAAACAUGGUGGGUCUCACAUAGUGUUGAAUGCAUGAACCUGGCCUCUAUUUGCGUGCAGGUUCAUGCCUUUGCCACUGUAAUAAGCCCGUUUGCAACCCAACAAUAAGUCUGCGCCCCUCUGGGGGCUAUUUUCGCAGUUGUACUGUCUAGUUGCUGCAUUGUGUGCACCAAGGUGCAUUCACUUUCUUUCAGAGUGGGGAUUCAAACCCCUGGUUUGGAUCCUUAUUGCCCAUUGAGACAUGGCCAGCUGCUUUACUCCGUAUUUACAUGUGCUUCUAUGUCUACCAGAAUGGGGCCCGGCUCUUGGCAUUAAUGCUUUUUUUUAAUUUUAAUAAUUUAAUUUUUAUUUUUUUGAACAAAAGAGCUCCAAUCUA